UGCAACAUUUAUUGGAUACCGAACGCCGUUAAACCCCACCGAAGAAGAGUGGCUAGCUAGUAUCGGUAGCAACUUCUCAAAGUCAAAUUCCAAGCCUUCCAUGUCUGAACCCAAGUCCACAGAGUCCCCAGGUUCUGGCUGUGGUGUUCCAGUCCAGAGAACCUCAAAGCAGGGUCCAGAUAUGGUCUCAGUGAAGCUGGAGGACUGCAGUCAACCACUGGAAGUCAAUGUGAUUGUUAAAGAGGAGGCGGAGGAGAGGGCAGUCAAAGUGGAAGAGGAGGCGGAGGAGAGAGCAGUCAAAGUGGAAGAAAAGGAGGAGAGAGCAGUCAAAGAGGAAGAGGAGGCGGAGGAGAGAGCAGUCAAAGUGGAAGAAAAGGAGGAGAGAGCAGUCAAAGAGGAAGAGGAGGCGGAGGAGAGAGCAGAGGAAGAGGCGGAGGAGAGAGCAGUCAAAGAGGAAGAAAAGGAGGAGGAGAGAGCAGUCAAAGAGGAAGACAAGGAGGAGGAGAGAGCCAUCACAGAGGCGACGGAGGAAAGACCACUCAAAGAGGAGCUGAAGGAGAGCGGAGUCAAAGAGGAGGAGAGUCCAAUCAAAGAAGAGAACAGAGAUGUGUCUGCUCCAUAUCUAGAGGAAGUAGAUGGCAUCACUGAUCCAGGAGAGCGUUCAGACAGUGAGCCCAGUUCCACAGCAUCAGGAAACCAUAAUCAACACAGACAGAGGAACUCAAGACAGAAACGUCACCACUGCAUGGACUGCUUCACUAGUUUCUAUGAGCCAGAGGAGUUAAGAAGACACACUUGUAGGCCCCGACCCUGUUCAGAUUGCAGAGGCAGUUUUAUUUGUCCAACUCAGCUCAAAUCACACCAACAGACUCACAGAAUAAAGAAGACUUACCCAUGUGAUCAAUGUGGGAAGAGCUUUCCGACACCAAGCAAACUAAUGACGCACCAGAAAACUCACACAGGAGAGAAGCCUUACCACUGCUCUCAAUGUGGGACGAGCGUCAGUAAUUUAGCACAUCUAAAGCGACACCAGAGGAUAAUACACAUGGGAGAGAAGCCUUACCACUGUGCUCAGUGUGAUAAGCGCUUCAGUCAGGCAGGGCACCUGAAGACACACCAGCGAACUCACACAGGAGAGAAGCCUUACCACUGCUCUCAGUGUGGUAAGAGCUUUGGUCGGGCAGGAUCUCUGAAGACACACCAGAUUACUCACACAGAAGAGAAGCCUUAUCACUGCUCUCAAUGUGGGGAUAACUUCACCAGUUUAUAUUUCCUAAAGAAACACCAGAUAACUCAUACAGGUGAGCAGCCGUACCACUGCUCUCAGUGUGGGAAGAGCUUCAGUCAGGCAGGAGACCUGAAGCAACACCAGCGAACUCACUCAGGAGAGAAACCAUACCACUGCCCUCAGUGUGGGAAGCGGUUUGGAUGGGCACGAGCUCUAAAGACACACCAGCUAACUCACACAGAGGAGAAGCCUUAUCACUGCUCUCAGUGUGGGAGGAGCUUCAGUCAGACAGCACACCUGAAGAAACACCAGCUAACUCACACAGGAGAGAAGCUUUACAACUGCUCUCAAUGUGGGAAGGGUUUCAGUCGGCCAGCACACCUAACGAGACACCAGCGAACUCAUACCGGAGAGAAGCCUUACCACUGCUCUCAAUGUGGGAAGAGCUGCAGUCAGACAGCAGACCUAAAGAGACACCAGCUAACACACCGCGGAGAGAAGCCUUACCACUGCUCUCAGUGUGGGAAGAGUUUCAGGCAUUUAACAACUCUGAAGAUGCACCAGAUGAGAAGCUUUUCGACUGCUGUUAGUGUGGGAAGAGUUUUAAAUGCCUAAAAGAACAUCAGAAGAUGUUGCCCCAAACUGACCUUUUAUAAUGAUGUUGCCAAGCUGGACAUCUAACAAUAUUGACUGAGUUUAUUUAUUUUGUUUAUUUUUUUUCCAACCUGAUGUACAUUGUCAUAUAAAAAAUGUACCAAAGCGUAUGAAAUAUGACAUGAGGGUCACAUUUAAAUUAAAGUGUCUAUUUCUCCAGAAAUGUAUUCAGUUUCUAUCUCCAUAAAUCAAUUCUUUCUUCACCACACUUCUAUUAUCGAAAGUCAACCUCUCUCCUCUUGGGAAGGUUUGAUUUGCAUAUUGAUGUAAUUUCACCAGUGUUGGGGAAACACAUUAGUAACACGGGGUUACAGUAAUAGUAUUGCAUUACUCAGUAAGAAGGUAACAACAUAAAGUUGAAAUCUGUAUUUAAAUAAUAACUAGUUAGCAAUGUGUUACUUCGUAAUAUAGUUGCAGUGUCAUGCUGUGUGGUGUUUCCAUGAUCUAAAGGGAUUUCACCUGUUAGGAGAGGCAGAACCUGGUUUACAGGUAAAUACAUGAGAAGCCUUACUCACCUGACCGCUCACAUUAUAUAAAAACAUCAACAAAGUUAAGGACAAACACACAUUAAGAACACCUGCUCUUUCCAUGACAUAGACUGACCUGGUGAAUCCAGGUGAAAGCUAUGAUCCCUUAUUGAUGUCACCUGUUAAUUCCACUUCAAUCACUGUAGAUGAAGGGAAGGUCAAAGAUGGAUUUUGAAGCCUUGAAACGUGUGUGUGCCAUUCAGAGGGUGAAUGGCCAAGACAAAAGAUUUAAGACACCGGGUUGUGUCAAGAACUGCAACGCUGCUGGGUUUUUCACGCUCAACAGUUUCCUGUGUAUCAAGAAUGGUCCAUCACCCGAAGGACAUCCAGCCAACUUGACGUAACUGUGGGAAGCAUUGGAGUCAACAUGGGCCAGCAGGACUGUGGAACACUUUCGACACUGAGGCUGUUAUGAGUCAAUAACUCCAUAUUAGGAAGGUGUUCCUAAUGUUUGGUAUACUCAGUGUAUACCUUCUAUAAACGACAGCCUGCCCUGAAAUUCUAUACAUGAACUUUACUAUGUACACAUACAGGUUGACUCCAGCCCCAGAUUUUUCUACCCCCCCCCAGGCCACCCUUCUCUUCCAGAUCCCCUUCCACUGCCAGUCCUCCACCCAGCACCCAGGUUCUCUCCAGCCCCAGAUCCCCCUCCACUCCCAGGCUACCCUUCUCUCCCAGACCCCCUUCUACCGCCAGUCCUCGACCCCUAGCCAUGGAGCUCCAAGGACCGCUGGGGUCUUCUUCCCAUGGUGGUCACAUCGAUCUCUCCUUUAUCAAAUCCAGUGUUCCAAGGUCUCAUAAAUGUGGAAAGGGUCAACACACAUCAGCAGACUAUCACAGACUCCCAGCUAGUGUUGUACAAUUCAACUAACUUUCCCCAGGUUUGCUGGAAAUCCUGGUUAGAAAAUCCUGGAAUCGUGGGGCAAUAAGAAGAACAUCCGGAAUCCUCCAACCAGGAUUUCUGGAAAACCUGGGAUUUAUUUUUUUUAUUUUUAUUUAAAAUUAUUUUUAAACCCUACUCCAAGUGUGUGCGUGUGUAUAUAAUUUACAUAAGUUGAAACACUGUAUGCAGCUUUGUGUACACUGCAUUUUCUGUCAUUAUGGAUUUGAUUAUUCACUGUCAUUAAGUUAUGUUGACCUAUACUAACAGGAUGUAAAACUGAAGGUAAAUAAAAAAGUAAUUUACGUUA